GGGUGCCGGGGCGGCGCCUGCGCUCGGCCGCGGGGAGCGCGGGGCUGCGGCGCGGAGCGGAGCGGGCGGCACCGGCGCCAUGACCGCGGCGAUGCGGCAGCGGUUCGACCGCUUCCUACACGAGAAGAACUGCAUGACCGCCGUGCUCGAGCGGAUCGAGAGCAAGACCGGCGUCAGCCGCACCUACAUCGCUAGCGGCAUCCUCGGGGUCGUGGCCGUGUACCUGGUGGUGGGAUACGGCGCGUCCCUGCUCUGCAACAUCAUCGGCUUCGCCUACCCCGCCUACGUCUCAAUCAAGGCCAUUGAAAGUCCCAACAAAGAUGAUGACACGCAGUGGCUGACUUACUGGGUUGUGUAUGGCAUUUUCAGCAUAGCUGAAUUCUUCUCUGACAUCUUUCUGUCCUGGUUCCCUUUCUACUACAUGCUAAAGUGUGGCUUCCUGCUGUGGUGCAUGGCUCCAAGCCCUUCCAACGGGGCAGAGUUUCUCUACCACCGGAUUAUCCGUCCUUUCUUCCUGAAGCACGAGGCCCAGCUGGACAGCGUCGUGCAGGACCUGAAAGACAAGGCUGCAGAGACUGCAGACACCAUCACUAAAGAGGCCAAGAAAGCAACAGUGAACUUGCUGGGUGAAGAAAAGAAGAGCACUUAAACUGGAUAAGUUUCCCUACUGCCUCCUUUGUGCAGCUUGGUCUUACUGGGGACUGUGGUAUAAGUUCAAUAAUAUUGCUUUGGAAACAUUUUGAUAUAUUAAGAGAAUGUGCUGUAAGUUUACUUACUACUUUGCUGUGACUGAUAGAGAGUAUGCAUUUUUAUUUAAAAGCAAUGCAGUGGGCAGCAUCUGAAGCUUAAUGAAAAUAUUUUAUUCAUCUUCAUGCAGAAGUCUUUCCGUAACCUCUUUCUGCAGAAACAUAAAUAAAAGUAUAUAUCCCUCAG